AUGGAUGCGGGAAGUUUACCUGAGGUGAUGUGGGGCAGCCUGGCUCGGGCCUUUUGUGUGUGCGAGUGCGUGCGAGCUGGCCCCAGGUUACCCACGGGCCUGAGGUUCAGGAGCAUCUUCUGUCGGUGGGGCUCAGCAUUAUGCAUAACGUGUAAGCUGUUUCGUUUUGCUUAUGGUCUUACCUCUGUCCUAAAACAGUGCACGGUUCAAGUAAAAUUGGAGCUGGGGCACCGAGCCCAACUGCGGAAAAAGCCCACCACUGAAGGGUUUACUCAUGACUGGAUGGUGUUUGUCCGUGGCCCGGAGCAGUGUGACAUCCAGCAUUUUGUGGAAAGGGUGGUCUUUCGGCUACAUGAGAGCUUCCCAAAACCCAAGCGAGUGUGCAAGGAGCCCCCUUACAAAGUGGAGGAGUCUGGCUACGCAGGCUUCAUUAUGCCCAUUGAAGUGCACUUCAAAAAUAAGGAGGAGCCGAAAAAGGUUUGUUUCACGUACGACCUGUUCUUAAAUUUGGAGGGAAAUCCACCCGUGAACCACCUUCGUUGUGAGAAACUGACUUUCAACAACCCCACCAAGGAAUUCAGACGCAAGCUCAUUAGGGCUGGAGGGGUAAUGGUAAUGCCAGAAGGAGCAGAAACUGUUUCAAGGCCAAGUCCCGAUUAUCCUAUGUUACCCACAAUACCACUCUCUGCCUUCUCUGAUCCCAAGAAGACCAAACCAUCCCAUGGGUCAAAGGAUGCAAACAAAGAAAGUAGCAAGGCAUCCAAGCCACACAAAGUAACCAAGGAACACAGAGAGAGGCCAAGAAAAGACUCUGAGAGCAAAAACUCCUCCAAAGACCUUGAAAGAGAACAAAACAAGCCUUUGAAGGACUCCUCCAGAAAACCAACUGAGAACAAACUGCCUAAGGAGGAGAAGGCACCUCCAAAAGCUGCUUUCAAGGAACCAAAACUGGCCGUGAAGGAGACCAAACUGGAGAACACUUCUCCAAAGGGUGGGCCACAGCCGGAGUUAAAGUCUUCCAGCAAGAGGCCCUCCAACGUGGAGUCACCAAAGCCUAGUGCCAAAAAACAAAAAAAGAGUAGCUCCAAAGGGGUAAAGAAUAUUCUAGGGACAUCUCCCAGAACCUCGUCUUCCUCAUAUCCAGAGAAGAAACAAACCAAGGAGAAGAUGAAUGCCAAAGUGGAAAAGGUAAAAUCGGAAAGUGAGGCCAAGGAGAUCAAAAAGCCUGUGGAAAUGGAGGAGUCGAAUUCAGAGGAUGAAACUUCUUUCAAGUCAGAGUCUGUCCAGUCCAGCCCUUCCAACUCCAGCUCCAGCUCUGACUCCAGCUCUGACUCUGAUUUCGAGCCAUCUCAGAACCACAGUCAAGGCCCGCUGCGCUCCAUGGUGGAAGAUCUGCAGUCAGAGGAGUCAGAUGAUGACGACAGCUCCUCUGGAGAAGAGGCAGCAGUCAAAGCAAACCCAGUCAGCCGGGAUUCCAGACUGAGCCUUAGUGACAGCGACAGUGAUAACAGUGCAGAUUCCUGCCUGCCAAGUCGAGAGCCACCUCCUGGUCAGAAACUGCCCCCAGCAAAUAAUAAGGCAUCUGGAAGAAAAAGCCCAGAGUCUUGUAACAAGCCGGAGAAGAUCCUGAAGAAGGGAACUUACGACAAGGCCUACACUGAUGAAUUAGUGGAGCUUCACAGGCGACUAAUGGCACUACGAGAGCGCAAUGUGCUACAGCAGAUUGUAAAUCUCAUUGAGGAAACCGGGCAUUUUAACGUUACCAACACAACCUUUGACUUUGACCUCUUCUCCUUGGAUGAGACGACCGUCCGUAAGCUGCAGAGCUACUUGGAAGCGGUAGCGACAUGACGCUUGGCCUUAGAAGCAGGCUGCUUUUGAAACCAGAAAUCCCCUUUAUUGGUACCAGGAAACGAACCCAUGGAACUAGGCCUUCUUAUUCUCUUGAUUCACCCGAAGCACUGCCUUAGAGAACAGCCAUGCUCUACGAAUGCACAGCCAGCUGCACUUUUCUUGUAGGCUUCAAACAAGCACCCAUAUUGCUGAGUCUGUCCUCCCUAGCUUCAUAAGUACGCUUGGGCGCAGGGCCCGAGUAGAGCAAAAGACGUGCUGCACUUAGCUGCACAGUGUGACCUUUAUGGUUUUCCUUCAAGAAACUUGUGUUUGAAGAGCACAUUUUCAGGCGUCUCCCGAGAUCUGAAGAAGCGUGGACGAUGUUUUUCUUCACCAAAAUCUCGGGACCAGCCUGCCCGCGGAGAGCUCUAGCGAGCCUCGUUUCCUCCAGCUCCGCGCAGAAGCGUUCACGCUGUGUAACACGAUUGGCUUUUACAAAGCUAGCCGAGAGACUGACGACAGAGGAGGCUUCCCCGGGGUCCUGCUGGUCGUCUGCAGAGGAAAGUGGACAGAUUCCAGUUUUGAUCACUUGCGAGUUAGUUCUGCCGCCGCUGGGUACAGAGCGCUGCUGUCACUUGGCUCCCGAUUCCUCCAGGGCGUCGUUCCACGCGCGGGACCUUCAGCUUCCUGCAGAGACAGUUCGUGCUCUUUGAAGAGGCCUCUAGAAUCUGCUGUCUCCCGCUGGGGUUUUGAGAUGUCUUGUUUGUUGAUCUGAGCUCCUAAACAAAGUCUCACUCCUUUCAGUCUGCUUUAACUGUAAUAGGACUACAAAACUGUAAGCUGUAUAUUUUAUAUAUAUAUUAUAUAUAUAUGUAUGUACUGUAUGUAUAAGAAGGGCCUAGUUGGGUCUUAUGAUCUUAAGGGUGUGUUUUUCUGUUAUGUUUUUUAAUGGCUAUGGCAGGGGAAGGGCGCUUAAUAAUUGACUUGUUUGUUAAAAUGCCUCUUGUGGACAAUUUUUAGUGUAUGAAAGCCGAACAGCAAUCUUCAAAGCGUUUUGUGCUCUGGAAGGGGCUCACCUGUCGUCUUCUCAUUUGUCAGUGUUGAAUAACUUUGCCAAAAUACGUGAUUGGUUUUGUUCUACGUUCUCAAAGAGGAAUCUCCUACAGUGGCCCCUAUAGUAGUGGCUGUACUUUGGGAAAACCAAAACAAGGGAGAAUUUUAUCUUUUGGGCACACCUGGAAAACACUGAUGUAAAAACCAAGUGAAGUCAGGUUUUGUUUCAUCCUCCCUCUCCCUCCCCGCUGCCUGUUCAAGAAAUGGCAGGAAACAGUGAACACUAAUGCAGAAUCUUUCAUGUAUUUCUAGUUAAACUAGUCUUGACUUCCAAGUGUUGUCUCGAUGGGUGUGAGGAAAAGUCCUGUAGCUUUCAUCAAAAAUGUAUUAUGCUCCUGUUCCCUAAUUCCAGUAUUUCUUUUUUUUUUUUUUUUUUUUUUUUUUUUUUAAAUAGUAAAUGUCAGUAAUCAAAGCCUCAAGGCUUAAUACGUACGCAGACCAAGACAACAGGAAAAUACUUCUGACCCCUCUUUUGCCCUUUACUACAAAGGCCAAGGCCAAAGGAAAAGCUGCGUCCUGAUCUCACCUCCAGCACAAUUCAACUCACAGCAACUCUGAGAACCUUCAGACCAUCAGCACUUGGCCGUGCCCUCAGCAACACGCCGAAGGACACUGAAAAGUAACAGAGUUCUGUCCAAUUUCCUUGCAAAAACCAUUAUGGCUAGAAGUCAAUUUUGGAUAUUUUUUUUUUUUCUCCUUUUUAUAACAAUGCAAGCUACUACACAUCCUCGAAGACCUGAAGCAAUGCUGACAGCAGCACUGCCACCUCCUUCCUAGAGUACAAUAAUCCAUCCAUGCUCUCAAGAGUGACACAAGAACAAACACUUUAUCCACAAAUACCUGUACAUGGCAUGUUCAGAACAGCAUUCAGCCAGCCUAUAGAGAAUCUACACAGGAACUCGUUCAUAUGUAACUAGAAGGGGACACAAGAUGAGGCCUGAAGUUGACCAUUCUUUGUUUGCAGAGUCAUUCCUCCUGUGGUCCCCGACGCUACCACAUACCCCAAAAAACAACAACUCUGUAGAACAACUAAGUACUUGCAAGAAACCUUUUAGUAACAAAUCAGCAUGUGCACACAAUGGAAAAGAACUAUUGCUGGGGGAACAAUUCUAUUUCAGGUUUUCAAGGAGAUUAUAAACAGUCUAAAAAAACCCAUGUGUAAAAUACUUCUUAUAAAAACCAAACAAAAUCCCUAUCAAUGCUCAUUAGACAUCACGAUUAAAGUCAGUUCCAGGACAGGACGAUGGCCCAGCCGCGAGCCCCGGGCACUUCCAGCCGAGCUCAGAACAGCCGCCGCUCCUGUUCUCGGACCGGCUGGGAGCGGCGCGGCCGCUCGGAUCUCAACAGGAGAAGGGGGCAGAGGGGAGGUGGCACCUCCGAU